UGCAGCCCCGCCCUCCUAACCACAUCACCAGGGAAAUACGAAUAGGUAAUGAGAAACAUGAUCACGUGACCAGCAGCCUGACCUGUCUGACGGGUCCUAGCUCCCUUUGUCUCCCUCGCGCGCAAGCUCCUGUGGGCCACAUUUUUUCGGGGCUCUCUCCUCGGAUCUUGCGAAUCCGACACUUCUCAGACCUUCUGGCACGGCUUGGUCGAACCUCUGCCAUCAUGAUUCGUGACAGCUCCUCUCCCGGUGAGAUCAUCAAGUACCGGAUCAUACGGGACCAGGGCGGGAAGGCGUCACGGUCCCUGGCGGCAUCCUUCUCAACAGAGGUGAGCUCUGUUAGCACUAGUAGUACCAGCAUUGCAACAGGAUACUCCUCGAGUGCAGUUAGUACUACCAGCAUUUCCACUGGAUCCUCCGCAAGUUCAAGCCUACAUGCUCAGGACAAGCAUUUUGAGGGGGCGAUCGCAGGUGGUAGUACGGAGAGGCAAGGGCAGGAGUUGGUAACCACGUUUCAUGAGAAGCUAGAGUCUCAGGAAGGCGGGCGUGUGAUUACAGGUGUUACGGGCAUAACCGAAGCGCACAAUGGGGCACAGUCACAAAUCUCGCUUGGUGCCGACUUUUCACCCUCCUCACAAUUUCGCACCACGAGCCACGGUGCAAACCGUCGAAAGUUGGCGAAGACGGGAGGCUACAGCAGCGUGCAGACAACUUUCACUUCUCAAACAAGUUCUGAAACCCAAUCUGUGUCAGGCCAAACCAGUCAGGUGGGGGUAACGCAGGAGGGCUUCCAGGUGUCUUCAGGCAAAGCUACCACAUCUUCAAGUAGCCUUCAAUUGGGCCAAGAAAAUCAGCUGGAUUUGAUAAGGGUUCUGCAAGAGGAGAUCAGACAACUGAAGCUGAAGUUGGCAAGCUUGGGAGGAGAUUCUGCAGAGGUGGGCGUGGCUGGUGGCUCUGUCUCGUCUGCCUCGGGGCAACUCUCCUGGGAUGAGGAGAUCAAAUCACUGCAAACUUGCAGUAAAGAAGAGCUGCUCAUCAAAAUGAGGCUCCUGUUGGAGGAACGCAAGACCCUGCAACUCCAGAGUGAGUAUGUCCUGAUAAGCAGCCAGGAUUCUAAAGAAACCACCGAGACGGAUGGCAAGUAUGUGGCAGGGCAGGGAAAAGUGGAAAAUGGUGGAGCUACGCAGGUAAACAAAGAAGUAGUUAAAGGGACAUCACUGUCCCUCCAGGCAGAGCUCCACGAUGUGACACAAUUGUACAACCAGAUUCUUACAGAGAAGACCCAGCUGGUACAAGAAGUAGAGCGUUACAAAGUCUACCAGAAACAGGUGGAAGAAAUGAAGGCUGAAGUUAGCAAGACCCUUCAAGAAGAAAAAGCGAUGAUAGCUACUCUUAAGUCUGAAAACAACAGUCUCAAGACAGAGAAAACCAAAGCAGAGGAGGAAAAAGCGGCGAAGAUUGAAGAAUUGAAGGGGCUGCAACAGAAGCUCACGACACUGAAACUCGAGAAUGAAAAUUUACAAGCACAGAAUACCAAAAUUGAAGAGGAAAAGGCGUCUUUCGUUGUCAAGAAGCAGUCAACACAAACAACAACAACUGUCAAGGUGGAAGGAAAACAGGAGACCCUGAUGUCAGGAGGAGACAUCACGCUGCAGUCAGGAAUCAAAAGUCUCAAGCAAGAGACAGUCACAGCCAAAGACACAGACGUUAAGAAGCUACAGGAUGAGCUGACAGCCUUGAAGACAGAGAACAAGACCUUGAUGACACAGAAGUCUAAACUGGAAGAAGAGAAGGGGACCCUUUUGGCAGAGGCACAGGAUAAUUCCAUGUUACAGGGAGAGAUAGAUGACCUGAAGUUCCAGCUCAACAGUCUGAUAUCUGAGAACACCAUCCUCACAGCAGAGAAGACAAGCGUACAGAGAGAAACAUCCACAAAGGCAGAGGAAGAGAGGAAGAGGCUUCAGCAUGAGCUGGAUACUCUUAAGAAUAAUACCCAAGCUGUAACAGUCAAAAGUAUGCAGGGGGAGCUUGACGCACUUACACUGAAACUGGAGAGAAUGCAAGUUGAAAAGGCAAAGCUAGAGCAGCAAGUGGGAAACACAGAGAUCACAAAGGUGUACCAGGAGUUGUCAUCUUUGAAAGGAGAGAACGAAACCUUGAAGAUCAAGAUAGCAGAGCUCCAAGGAGGACAGGGAAGUGUGACAGUUGUAGCCGGUACACAGAAGCAAGUGAUGGGAGACAAGCAAAAGACAACACAAGAAUUCACUACCUAUCAAACUACAAGCCAGGUGGUCACAGUGACAAACACACAGGGAGACAUGACUUCGGUAAAUGAGGAGUUGUCAACUUUAAAAAGAGAGAACGAAAUCUUGAAAACCAAGAUAGUGGAGCUUCAAGGAGCACGGGGAAGUGUUGCAUUCAGUGCGCAGAAGGGGGUGACAGGAGACAAGCAGAUGACAACACAAGAAUUCACUACCUUUCAAACAAGCCAGGUGGUCACAGUGGCAAACGCACAAGGAGACUUGACUUCACUGCUGCUGGAAAAUGAAAGCCUGAAAAACGAGAAAGCCAAACUGGAGAGGGAAAAAGCCGGUCUCCUUAUCAAAGAGGAAAACCUCACAACCCUGGAGGGAGAAAUGACACAGAUGCGAUCAGAACUGUCCACUUUACACACAGAGUAUGACAGCUUGAAGAAAGAGCAUGCAGCGUCUGUAAACACAGAUGUGAAGAAAGUACGAGUGGAACUGAAAUCCUUGAAAUCAGAGAACGAUGCUUUAAAGACACAGAAGACUAAACUACAAGAGGAAACAGGCAACCUUCUGGCAGAGGUGCAGAAGAAAACAGACGAGCUGGAAAAGAUGGAGAAGGUACAGAGCCAAGUGAAAAGCCUGGUGUCCGAGAAUGAAGUUCUGAAGACAGAGAAGACCAAAGUGAUGCAAGAGGAGGCAAAGAAGGCAGAAGAAGAGAGGAAAAGGCUGCAGCAAGAACUGGCCACCCUUAGAAACACCGACCAAGAGGCAAUCAUUGCAAGGAUGGAACGAGAGCUGACUUCUCUGAAGUUGGAGACAGAAAGCUGGAAAGCAGAGAAGGUUAAAAUGGAGCAAGAAAGAACCACCCUGACUACAAAAGUGGAUGGAGUGAGGAGGAUGGAGGAAGAAUUGUCUUCUUUGCAAGUUGAGGUCAAAGCCCUACAUGAAGAGAAAGUGGCCAACAAACAAGUUGAUGUUAAGAAACUACAGAAGGAGCUGACAUCCCUGCAGGCAGAGAACAAAGCCAUGCAGACAGAGAAGAGCAAAGUAGAGAAGGAAACACAGCAGAGGAUGGAGAUGCAAGUGAAGACACUUGAGGAGCAGCUGACAAUCCUCAGAUCUGAGAAUGAAACCUUCAAACUCGAGAGGAGCAGGCUGAAGAAGACAGAAGAUGAAAGGAUGGCAGAAGAGAGAAGGAAACUCCAGGAAGAAAUGGCGACACUUAAAAUCACCUACCAAGAGCAAGCAAGUAAGACGAUGCAGGGACAACUAGAAUCACUCCAGUUGGAGAAUGAAAGCCUCAAACACGAAAAGGCAAAGCAGGAGAGGGAAAAGAGGUGUCAAUCUCGAGUGGAGAAACGCCAGGUGGUCACAGUGGCAAACGCACAAGGAGACUUGACUUCACUUCUGCUGGAAAACGAAAGUCUGAAAAACGACAAAGCCAAACUGGAGAGGGAAAAAGUUGGUCUCCUUGUCAAGGAGGAAAAACUCACAACUCUGGAGGGAGAAAUGACACAGAUGCGAUCAGAACUGUCCACUUUACACACUGAGUAUGAGAGUCUGAAGGAAGAGCAUGCGGCAUACGCCAACACAGAUGUGAAAAAAGUACGUACGGAGCUGAAGGCCCUGAAAUCAGAGAACGAUGCCUUAAAGACACAGAAGACUAAACUACAAGGGGAAACAGGCAACCUUCUGGCAGAGGUGCAGAAAACACGGAUGUGCUGGGAAAGAUGGAGAAGGUACAGAGCCAAAGUGAAAAGCCUCGUGUCCGAGAAUGAAGUCCUGAAGACAGAGAAGACAAAAGUGAUGCAAGAGGAGGCAAAGAAGGCAGAAGAAGAGAGGAAAAGGCUGCAGCAACAACUGGCCACCCUUAGAAAUACCGACCAAGAGGCAAUCAUUGCAAGGAUGGAGCGAGAGCUGACUUCUCUGAAGUUGGAAACAGAAAGCUGGAAAGCAGAGAAGGUUAAAAUGGAGCAAGAAAGAACCACUCUGACUACCAAGGUGGAUGGAGUGACGAGGCUGGAGGAAGAAUUGUCUACUUUGAAAGCUGAGGUCAAAGCCCUACAGGAAGAGAAAGUGGCCAACAAACAAGUUGACGUCAAGAAACUACAGAAGAAGCUGGCAUCCCUGCAAGCAGAGACCAAAGCCAUGAAAACAGAGAAGAGUAGAGUAGAGGAGGAAACACAGAAGAGGAUGGAGAUGCAAGUGAAGACACUGGAGGAACAGCUGACAAUCCUCAGGUCCGAGAACGAAACCUUCAAAUUCGAGAGGAGCAGGCUGAAGAAGACAGAGGAUGAAAGGAUGGCAGAAGAGAGAAGGAAACUCCAGGAAGAAAUGGCGACACUUAAAAUCUCCUACCAAGAGCAAGCGACAAAGAUGAUGCAGGGACAACUAGAAUCACUCCUGUUGGAAAACGAAGGCCUCAGAAAUGAAAGGGCAAAACUGGAGAGGGAAAGAUUCAGCUUGUUGCAUGGAGAAAGGGCCACUGAAAAAGGAGGCGCAGGUUUUGUAGUCCAGACCAAGACGACCACGAGCAGAAGAGAAGUGCAGACAACAAAGGGAUCAGGAACCUUCAGGUCAGAGGCCAAAGGUCUGAAUGAGAUAGAGGUCAUCCGAGAAGAGAUGGAGGGAGAGAGAGCAACAGUCAGUCAGCUGCAGGGAAGGUCUGUCAUCACACAAGACCUUACAAAACUGACAGGAGGAGAUAGCAUCGCUCAGAGCAGAAAACCAGACCCUAAAAGCAGAGCUGCUAAAACUGGGGAAGGAAAGGGACACGCUCCUCAGCCAGGGGCAAACUGUAACCUUGACAGAAGUGAGGGAGGUCGCAAACACACAGCAGACCACCGUCAUCUCAGAGAGUUCAAGUCAGGUCACGACAGAGAGGCAGAAUGGGGAGUAUGUGGACCUACACUGCUGGAGGAGAAAGAUGAGCUACACGACGCUGAUGACGCAGGUGAUGAUGAGGAAAAGCAGGACACAACAGACAAUGGGCCAACCAACCAGGAGUCUGAUUCAGCAUCAUUGAUGAAGGAGAUCGUGACCCUCAAGUCGGAAGUGACGACCCUGAGGAGCGAGAAGGAGAAAUAUGAGACGCUGGUGAUGGGGAAGUGGCAGGUCAUCGACCUCCAGGGCGAUGGUGCUCUGCAGCUUCUGCAGGAGGAGGAACAGGAAGCUGCGGGCGUACAUCGAGGAGAACGACAUGCAGAUCGCAGCCAUGCAGACCUCAGCAGCACAGACGGUGCAGGACAGCAAGAUUUGCAGUCCACCAUUGAGGAGAACAAAACACUGAAGAAACAGAUUGAAGAGAUGCAACUAGUCCAGGGCAACCUGCAGCAGGCACUGGCCACGAAGCUGGAGGAAAGUUCGGCGAACGUCACGAGGAUGCAGCUGAUGGAGAUGGAGGUGACGCAGCUGUAUCAGCUGCUGCAGGAGCACGGGGUGUCCAGAGAACAGGUCCAGCAAAUCACCUCAUCUGUGCAACACACGGAAGGAGCUGUAAAUGUGACGGAGACAGUGAGUUCGCAGUCACAGAGCAUUGUGGUGACCCAACAGAGCGAAGAGGUCCAGAGCCAAACCACGAAGACUACUGUGAAGUCAUCCAAGCUGAGUAGGCUGGAGGAAGAGGCUGCAAAGAUGGCACAGAAGAGGAAGAAGCUCCAGCAAGAGCUGGGUACAGUAAAAACAUCCCUAAGCAUGGAGCUCGAAGAAGAAUUGUCAUCCUUGAAGUCAAAACUACAGGAUUAUGAGCAGAUCCAGACAGAGUUAGCAGAAACAAAGAAGGAGCUAGAAAAGCUCACAGCAGACAAAAAUGGCAAAGGGAAGAGCAAGAAGGCAGCCAAGGAGAGCCAAGCUACACAGGAGAAGAUGGACAUGCUACAGAUGCAGGUGAAGGAGCUGUCAUUACAGGUGAAGAUCCUCUCCACCAGUAAGACUGAUCUAGACGACACGAGGAAGCAGCUUGCAGAGCUGAAGAAGGAAAACACGAGUCUCAGCGGGCAGCUGGGGAAGAUGAAGGCCAUGGAGCGGGAGGUGACCAUCGCAAGGAGCGUCAUCCAGCAGCUCAAGGACGACAACGAGAAGAUGGCUCUGAAGAUGAAGAAGAGUAAGAAGUAA